ACGGUUAAUCAUAACUUGCAACAGAGAAAUUUAAUGGCUUAAAGAUAGAAUCAAAAGUGUAUGUGAAUGUGUGUAGCACAUAAGAUUUUGCAAUGAAUUUAUGUGGAAUAGAAAUAAUUUACAGUUUGAUAUUUCUACUUUCGGUACACAAAUCAAAUAUCGAUGCAGUUACCUGCAACGAGUCAUUGACUUCUAAUCUGAGAGAUGACCAGUUUACUGCCUCAUCUGUAUACAGUGCGGAUUAUAAUGCAAGCUCUGCAAAAUUUAAUGAAGGAGGUUGGGUCGCUAGUGAAAAUAAUGCCUAUCAGUAUCUACAGAUUGAUUUAGAAGGACUCUGUGAGAUAACAAGCAUUAUAACACAGGAUAUUGACAAGUGGUGGUACUGGUACGCCACACAAGCUUUCAGAAUAUUUCACAGCAAAGAUGGAUUAACAUGGACUGCAUACAAUACGUACUUGUCAGAUGAAAUACUUGGCGAAACAUUCAACAGACAGGACAAGGUCACAACGAUCCAGUUUAAUCCGACGAUAAAGGUUAUUUAUUUUUUAUAA